AUGGUGGAACACACAACAGAUGUUAUACCAAUAGAUAUACAUUUACUGACAGUCUUAAACCGUGUCUGGCAAUUCGAAGGAUAUGGUUACGUACCCAGUCGCAAUGAAACCAACGGUGUGUGCAUCAUGCAAGUUCUUGGGGGAAAUCCACACGCCAUAACUUUAAUCCUGAGACUCUCCAAAGAUUCACUCUAUUACUGCAACGGAGGUCCAGUUGUGUUAGAGAAUGUUUACGACAGAUGGUUUCGGCUUAAUGUAAUUCAUGAUGUCGAAGCUUCGAAAUUACAGAUUUAUGUCGAUGGUGUUCUAAAGCUGUAA